CGCUGAGAGAGGGAGAAGGAGACGUUGGGUCAGAGCAGUUGGAAGGCUCACAUUUUUACAUGUAAACCCACUUGAUCAAGUACAAAUACGACGGAAAUGGAACAUCCAGAAUAUGAGUGUCGUGUGGUUGGAGAGCAUGGCAAAGAUGAUGAGGAAAAUGUUGCUCGUCUCGAGGAGUUCAAAAAGUCAAUUGAUGCAAAGAUUGCUUUACGUCGAAGUAAUCUGAAUCCUGAAAGGCCUGAUUCAGGUUUUCUCAGGACAUUGGAUUCAAGCAUUAAGCGCAAUACUGCGGUUAUUAAAAAGCUCAAACAGAUAAAUGAAGAGCAGCGAGAAGGGAUGAUGGAAGAGUUAAAAAGUGUCAACCUAAGCAAAUUUGUUAGUGAAGCUGUGACAGCCAUAUGUGAUGCCAAGCUCAGGACUUCAGAUAUACAAGCAGCUGUUCAGAUAUGCUCUUUGCUUCAUCAAAGGUACAAGGACUUCGCACCAAGCCUAAUUCAGGGACUCUUGAAAGUCUUCUUUCCUGGGAAAUCCGGAGAUGACCUGGAUGCAGAUAGGAGCUUGAAGGCAAUGAAGAAGCGCAGCACGCUGAAGCUGCUCGUGGAACUCUAUUUUGUUGGUGUUAUAGAGGAUGCUAGUAUUUUCGUUAACAUUAUUAAGGAUCUUACUAGCAUGGAGCAUUUAAAAGACCGGGAUACAACCCAGAUGAAUUUAUCUCUUUUGGCCAGUUUUGCUCGACAAGGAAGAAUAUUCUUAGGACUCCCUCAGUCAGGACAAGAAAUUCAUGAAGAGUUUUUUAGGGGCCUUAACAUCACUGCAGAUCAAAAGAAACUAUUCAGGAAGGCAAUUUACUCCUAUUAUGAUGCCUCUGCUGAUCUUCUUCAGUCUGAACAUACUUCACUGCGGCAGAUGGAGCAUGAAAACGCAAAGGUCUUGAAUGCUAAAGGAGAACUCAGUGAUGAAAAUGUGAAUGCAUAUGAAAAGCUAAGGAAGUCGUUUGACCACUUAUUCCGUGGUGUCUCUUCUUUAGCCGAAGCACUUGAAAUGCAACCUCCUGUAAUGCCGGAAGAUGGUCACACUAGGGUUACGACUGGAGAAGAUUCAUCAUUUCCUGCUUCUGGAAAAGAAUCUUCUGCUCUUGAACCUAUAUGGGAUGAUGAAGAUACAAGGGCCUUUUAUGAAUGUUUACCUGAUCUCAGAGCUUUUGUUCCAGCUGUCUUACUGGGAGAAGUUGAACCAAAGCUGAAUGAGCAAUCUGCGAAGACACAAGAGCAACAAACUUUUUCCGGUCCUAAGGAAUCGGUGCCAGAGCCAGACCAGAGUCAAAUGGUGGUACAAGACAAUGUAGAGGCCUCUGUCGAUUCUGAAUUUUCACAGGAUGGAAAAGCAGAUGAGAAAGGUAAGGACAAAGAGGAUAAAGAAAAAGAAAAGAUUAGCGACUCUGACAAGGAGAAAGCAAAGGAAAAAGAUGCUGAAAGAAAAGGAGAAGCUGAGAAGGAGAAGCUGAAAAGUCUUGAUGGAACGAAUUUGGAUGGUCUGUUGCAGAGGCUUCCUGGCUGCGUGAGCCGGGACCUUAUUGAUCAGUUGACUGUUGAAUUUUGUUACUUGAAUUCAAAAUCAAACAGGAAAAAACUUGUACGGGCUUUGUUCAAUGUACCCAGAACUUCUUUGGAGUUACUACCAUACUAUUCUCGUAUGGUGGCAACUCUUUCGACAUGCAUGAAGGAUGUCUCCUCUAUGCUUUUGCAGAUGUUGGAGGAGGAGUUCAAUUUUUUGAUAAAUAAAAAGGAUCAAAUGAACAUUGAAACAAAGAUCAGGAACAUAAGGUUUAUUGGAGAACUUUGCAAGUUCAGAAUUGCACCAGCAGGUCUUGUCUUUAGUUGUUUGAAGGCUUGUUUAGAUGAUUUUACUCAUCACAACAUAGAUGUUGCUUGCAACCUUCUUGAGACAUGUGGACGUUUUCUCUAUCGGUCACCUGAAACUACAAUACGGAUGGCAAACAUGUUAGAGAUAUUGAUGCGACUGAAAAAUGUCAAAAAUCUGGAUUCACGUCAUAGUACCCUUGUGGAAAAUGCUUAUUACUUGUGCAAACCACCAGAACGAUCUGCUCGAGUUUGUAAAGUCCGCCCACCAUUGCAUCAGUAUAUCCGAAAGUUGCUUUUCACAGACCUGGAUAAGUCCUCCAUUGAGCAUGUUCUGCGGCAACUACGUAAAUUGCCUUGGAGUGAAUGCGAGGCGUACAUUUUGAAGUGCUUUAUGAAGGUUCACAGGGGAAAGUACAGUCAAGUUCAUCUGAUUGCUUCACUUACUGCUGGCCUGAGUCGCUAUCAUGAUGAAUUUGCAGUAGCAGUUGUUGAUGAGGUUCUGGAAGAGAUUAGGCUGGGGUUGGAGUUGAACGACUAUGGUAUGCAGCAAAAACGGAUAGCACAUAUGCGUUUCUUAGGAGAGCUAUACAACUAUGAACAUAUCGAAUCAUCCGUCAUAUUUGAGACACUCUAUUUGAUUCUUGUUUUUGGCCAUGGCACUCCAGAGCAAGAUACUCUGGACCCACCUGAAGAUUGUUUCCGCAUAAGGAUGAUUAUAACACUUCUCCAGACAUGCGGCCACUAUUUUGACCGAGGUUCUUCGAAAAGGAAGCUCGACAGGUUUUUGAUAUAUUUUCAAAGAUACGUUCUCAGCAAAGGUUCAAUACCGCUAGACAUCGAGUUUGACAUUCAGGAUCUGUUUGCGGAUUUACGCCCGAAUAUGACAAGGUACUCGUCCAUUGAGGAAGUUAAUGCAGCUCUGGUGGAAUUAGAAGAACACGAGCGCACAGCCUCAACGGAGAAGAUCAACAGUGAGAAGAACAUGGAUGCCGAAUCCCACAAACAUUCUGGCCAAACACCCAUUACCCACAGAGCAAAUGGACAGGGAUCAGCAAAUGGAAUCGAAGAAAAUGGAGUGCAUGAAGAUGUAGACAGCGAGAGUGAUUCCGGUAGCGGCAGCAUGAAUUCAGAGGGGCAUGAAGAUGAUGGAGAGUAUGAUGACAAAUCAGAUAACCAUGAUGACGGAUGCGAUAGUGAGGAUGAGGAUGGUGGUGGGCCCAUCGCUUCUGAUGAGGAUGAAGAUGUCCAAGUCAGGCAGAAGGUGGUUGAAGUAGACCCUCAGGAAGAAGCAGACUUCGACAGGGAGCUGAGGGCUCUAAUGCAGGAGAGCUUGGAUUCACGCAAGCUGGAGCUGCGGGGCCGACCAGCCCUGAACAUGAUGAUACCAAUGAACGUAUUCGAGGGGUCCAAAGACCAUCAUGGGCGGGUUGCUGAGGGGGAGAGUGGAGAUGAGACGCUGGAUGAGGAGGGCAGCGGUGGGAACAAGGUUCGCGUGAGGGUGCUGGUGAAGAGAGGCAACAAGCAGCAAACAAAGCAGAUGUACAUCCCCCGCGACUGCUCACUUGUGCAGAGCACAAAGCAGAAAGAGGCUGCAGAGCUGGAAGAGAAGCAGAACAUCAAGAGGCUCAUCUUGGAAUAUAACGACAGGGAGGAAGAGGAGUUCAAUGGUUCUGGGACACAGCCUAUGAAUUGGAUGCAGGCAGGGACAGGCAGGCCAGCAGGCCGUGGCGGCACAUGGGACGGAUCCGGCAGGGGUGGCGGCAUGCGGCAGCGGCACCACUCAUCUGGCGGACUGUAUGGCAGACGAAAGUAGAGGAAUGAAUGUAUCUGGAAAGACGUGACUUAGUAUCAUGCAGUGCACGACCUGAGAAUAUCAUCCAUCCGGCUGGGUUUUCAGUUUGUCCAGGUGUGGCCCAUUUUCAGUGAGAUCCAAACUGAUGAUAUUAGGGUCUCAUCAUAGAUGCCCCCCAUAUACUAACUCCCAGAUUAGAAGAUGGCAGUGGCAGCCUGUAUUUGGCCUUUCAGUUUAAUGUGGACUGUUGAGGUAUUUCUUCUCAAUUGCCAACUCCUCUGUCACCAAUUUAACAUUUUUGGAUAUCUUUUUGGUGUAUGGGACAUCCACUGUCGGCCACAGCAGGUGAACGGUUUGGGGUCAAUGUGUUGUGGAGCCCAGCAUGUCCAUACUGAAAACCCAGGCCAGGCACAAUGCAUAUGUUACAUUGGGUGAUGGGGUUAUCCAAAUGAAAAGCUCAUAGUGGGCAGCAGCUGAUCAGACACAUCCGCUCUGUAUCACAAGAUAAAAGCCGUUUCUUUCCAGCUACUGUGUCACUUGUGUUAAUUAUCCUACUCACCUGACAAUUAGACUGAGAGGUGGUAUGCCAUUGAGAAAUCAGAGGCGACUCAAUUCAUCGAUCAAAACUGGAAUCUGAAACCGACUCGAGUGACAACAAAAUUCGUCUGGCUUUGACUCUCUUUUUAAUUGAAAGUAAAAAAAAAAUACAUAGGCCAGAUUUUGAGCUCUC